AUGUCAGACUUUUACACAAAGGCCAGAUUCACUGUCCCAAGGACCAGUGCCACCCAGUGCAGUUCGGUCCCUGAGCCCCGCUUCGGCAAACGGAUCGGGAACGACUUCGCCAUGGGCGCCACAGUCCUGUUCGAGUGUAACCCCGGAUACAUCCUGCACGGUUCCACCGCUAUCCGCUGUGAGACCGUCCCUGACACCUUGGCCCAAUGGAACGACUCGCUACCCACAUGUAUUGUGCCGUGUGGAGGGACCYUGACGGCACGCAGGGGGACCAUCCUGUCCCCGGGUUACCCCGAGCCCUAUGACAACAAYCAGAACUGCGUCUGGAAGGUCUCGGUGCCCGAGGGCGCUGGAAUCCAGAUCCAGGUGGUGAGCUUUGCUUCGGAACACAACUGGGACUCUCUGGACUUCUAUGACGGAGGUGACAACCACGCUCCGAGACUGGGCAGCUACUCAGGCACCACCAUCCCUCAGUUGCUCAACAGCACAUCCAACAACCUGUACCUGAGUUUCAGUUCAGACAUCAGUGUGUCUGCUGCUGGAUUCCAUCUGGAGUACACAGCCAUAGGUCUGGAGUCCUGUCCAGAGCCACAGACCCCCAACUAUGGCAUCAAGGUUGGAGAGCGCUACAUGGUUGGAGACGUGGUGCUGUUCCAGUGUGAACAAGGCUACUCUCUGCAGGUAAGAGAUCAUACUCUCUACAGGUAA